AUUUUCGUCAAAACGAUGGCGACAUUCAGAAGUGAAUUUAACAGCGUGCCGAGCACUUACCCCGAUCGCCUGACGGCUAUCCGAAAAAAGCUGACCACGUGUUUCCAUCAGUGGCACAAACAGCUGCAGCUUUUCAAGCAAGACUGCUCCACGUUGCGAGCGAAAAGUAUUUACUGGCAGAAAUUUAAAAAGAUUUACAACAAAAAAGCCGCACAGCUUCAGCAACGGGAGCUAGUAAAGCUUAUCAGCCAAGAGGAAGUCGUGGUCCAGGAGCAGCAGCUACAAUUUGUGGCCACGCUCUUUUCAUCGACAUUGAUAUCGAAAUUUAACUCGAAAAAUUCCACCAGCUGCAGCAACAUGACCAUUUUGGAUGAUUCGUAUAUUGGGGUGCGCGAUGAGUAUCCCGAUAUCGAUGCUGAAAUACGCGCCAUAUUAAUGGCCAAUGCCCAGAAUGGAGUCACGAUAUCGAGCAUCAAAAAUGAAUAUCGAAAUAUGACGGGCAAUACAUUUCCGCUACGCGAUAACAUCACCGACUUUCUGCUCACCAUACCGUACGUCACAGCUGAGUGCUGCGUGUCCGGCAAGCGGAUCUUUAACAUCAAGCCCACGGAGGACACACGUCACCUGCACGACAUGGUGGUGAAUCAGCGUCAGCGUGAAAAUGGCAACAGUAAAAACAACAAUCACAUCUCAGCCAUGCAGGAACCGCCACGUUUGUGGCGUUCCCAAUAUAGGCGACGUAGUCCGCAAAAUGAGAAAUGCAAUUAUAAUCUCAAUAUCUGUGAGAAGCCGCCAGCUGUCAAAAUAGCGCCAGAGCAGCCACUGGCCACGGCUGCAAUGACGCCAUUUUGUGUCUAUCAGGACAACUGGAAGCAUCUCAACAAUCAGUAUCAGCUAACACAGUUAGCAGCUCAGAACAACAACAAUCAAUUUCCCUGCAUACGUUCGGAUCCUGCACAGUUACAAAUAGCACCACAACCGCCUGAACAGCUACAACACCAUCAGCUUGGAGAAUAUACACAUAAGCGACGUCAUGAAUUUACGCCCACGCCAACAACAUUGUCAUGUCCAUCGCAACAUGACUCCAUGUUCACCAUCAACUCGGACUAUGAUGCAUAUCUCUUAGAUUUUCCAUUGCUGGGCGAUGAUUUCUUCUUGUACUUGGCGCGCAUGGAGCUAAAAUGUCGCUUCAAGAAGUAUGAGAAGGUGCUACAGUCUGGUCUGUGCAUCUCGGGACAAACCAUAAAUGCCGCUCGACAGCGGCUGCAGCACGUGGAACUGCAUGAGAUGACACAAAUCAUUGUUAACAUCGGUUCCGUUGACUUAAUGCGCGGCAAGCCGCUGGUGCAAAUCGAGCAUGAUUUCCGUCAGCUAAUCAAGGAGAUGCACAAUCGCAGAUUUGUGCCUGUGCUGACCACGCUAGCACCGCUGGCCAACUAUUGCCACGACAAGCAGACAUGCGAGAAGGUGUUGCGUUUUAACAAGUUUAUACGCAGCGAGGGACGUCAUCUUACCGUUAUUGAUAUACACUCAUGUCUGAUUAAUGAGAAUGGCGUUGUACGCUUCGAUUGCUUCCAGAACGGGCCACGUAGUGUGACGGGCUCACCAGAGCCAUAUGUAUUCUGGAAUAAAAUCGGACGGCAGCGUGUGUUGCAGAUGAUCGAACAAAAUAUGGAAUAUCACUGAGAGAGGAGCUAAGCAGGAAGUUUGAGUUGGAGUUGGAAUUGAAAUAGUCGGUCUGGCACCAGGCAUCGAGCUUGUACAAAAUUUUUACAAUUAUUCACGGAGAAUGGCAUGCUGUCUUUUUAGAAAAAAGCGAAAUUCAUAAGUUAAACGUUUAAUUUUAAUGUGUUUUAUGUUCGUAUCGUUAUG